UCUCCAUUCUAGCCUCUACGGAUACAAUUUGAAUGGCCAAAAACCUCCAAAACACCUCAAUUGGAUAAGCACACAACACAACCAUACACACAGUUGAGAAAUCCACCAUUCAAUCUUACUCCCUCCCAUUCCUCACCUAUCAAUGGCUACUCCACUCUCAAACCUCAAUGCACCCACUCAACUCUUCUCUUCAUCCCCGAAGUCAAAACCCAAAUUCAUCACCUCUGCCGCCAAAACCUCACAAAUCCCUCAAUUACCUCAAAUUAACACACGAGCUACAAGCCGAAGAGCCACACUCAGCCUAGCCACUGUCGCCGCUAUCUUCAAUCAGCUACUCCCCCUUCACGCAGAGGAGGAGAACAAUGGCUUCUGGCUCACUGGUCCAUUACCAGUCCCAACAGUCACUAACAAGAUUGCAAAUGAAGAAUCAGGAACUCGAUCAUUUCUGAAGAAAGGUAUAUACAUGGCAAAUAUUGGCGUGCGAGGGAGCAUGCUCAGGCUGAAGCAUUAUGCAUUUGAUUUGUUAGCGUUGGGGGAUUUAAUAGGGCAAGAUAACUGGAAUUAUCUAAAGAAGUAUUUAUGUCUUAAGUCUACUGUUAUGUAUUAUGAUUUCGAUAAGGUUAUCUCCGCUGCUCCUGCUGAUCAGAAGCAGCCGCUUCUUCAGUUGGCUAAUAGACUAUUCGACAAUGUAGAAAAGCUUGAGGAUGCUGUGAAGCAGAAGAGCGAUCCAUUGACGAGAUCAUGCUACCACGACACUACAGUUGUUCUGCAAGAAGUAAUGGCCAGAAUGGCCUGAUAAUUACUUGUAAUAUUAGGCAGCAUUAUAAUACCAAGAGCCAUGGAAUAUACUUCCACUUCUUAUUUUGUUUC